AAGUUGAACUUGAUUGCAAUUUGCACAUCGCUGAGCACCUUUACACAGAAUAGUACGAUUCAAUACGCCAGCGUGGAUAACGUCAAAUAAAGCUAAAUGACGUUACAUUAACAAAAAUACGUAUUAGAAGCAAUAUUUAAUUUGUGUGAAAAUGGAUUUCUUGCAAGUGGAGGCAAAAGCGAACUUCAUUAUAACGUUAUUGCUCAUUGCGCUUUCUUUUACUUUUGUUGCAACAGCGGAUCCAGAGUAUGUCAUCGUAAACAGUCAGAUAACUCAUAGUGAGAUAAAGCCAGAGUUUGUGGCGUACGUUCCCAACCGGCAACGCCGAGAUGCCGACGUUGCAUCGCCUGCAGCGCCUCCUGCUCCACCUAUUGCUUCGCCCAUAGCAACAAAUGUAACUAACAUUGCAAACACAACAGCUGCAAUAACGAUAAACACCACUGCCAGUAAAGAAAAAUCCAUAAGUGAGACUGAAAAUACGCCAACCAAAACUGUAGAGGAAACGAAGACGCCGCUUCUAGGGUUCAACAAUUCAGGGACACUACACGUUAAUGUUCCCGAUAACAUGCCCAAAGUCAGUGACCCGAUCCUACCAGACGACAAUAUUAAUGACGUUUUCAAAGAAACACCGGAAACUAUUAAGGCCGAACAGAAUCUCACUCAACUAAGUUACGAUAACCACAGUUUCUAUAACAGUUCGUUCAUUGGUAGUGUGGAGUAUUUCCAAGAAUACUGGACGAAUAUAACCCAAAGCAAUCCGAAGGUACACGAGCUUCUCAGCGAUUCUCAUCGGCGCGCUACUACUCUGAUACUUUCUUUCGACUUCCCAUUCUACGGGCAUCCAGUGAGAAGUAUCACGGUGGCGACUGGCGGGUUCAUCUACACCGGCGACCACGUUCACAACUGGCUGGCCGCCACUCAGUACAUCGCUCCACUCAUGGCGAACUUCGACACCAAGCUGACCAACGACAGCGUUGUCAAGCUGAGCGACAAUGGACAAAAGUUCACCGUGAUCUGGGAGAACGUGACACUUCAAGAGGAUCCCAGUAAGAAGUUCACUUUCGCCGUGAGCCUCUACAAUAACGGUGACAUCAUAUUCGCGUACAAGGAUAUCCCCAUACCGGUGCAAGCCAUCAACGACACCGAGCAUCCUGUCAAAGUGGGCAUCAGCGACGCCUACCUCAACGAUAAAAUAUUAUUCUAUGUGAGACGUAAAACAAUCUACGAGUACCAUCGCGUGUCGUUCAAGAAUUAUGAGAUAUCCAACAUGACUAUAUUGAAGCUGGUCGCGCUGCCCACUUGCCUGCAGUAUGACUCAUGCCAGACCUGCGUCAACCACGACACCGGAUUCAAUUGCUUGUGGUGUGAAUACAUCAAGAAAUGUUCAAGUGGUACCGACCGAAACAAACAGGACUGGCUCCUCAGAAAUUGCGACAAGUUCACUAUAUCGAAGGAGGCGUCGUGUCCGGGGAACACGCACGUGGACCAGCCGGCCGGCGACAACACCGCCUACACCACGGACACGCGUCCCGCGCACGACACCGCCGUCGUCAACAAUGGUGAUUCUGAGGAGCCCAUGAAGUCAACGCUAAAAUUGCCCACUGGCACGUCACCGGCGGAAGUGACAUACGCGUCAUCGCCCGUCGGCGGCGUGAUCGCUGCGUUUGUAGCCAUCACGCUCGUGUGCAGCCUCACCGCCUGGGUUCUGUAUGCGUUCAAAAACCCGCAUACGCGUAGCGGACAAAUUCUUAUCAAGUAUCGGCCGUCGCAGUGGAGCUGGCGACGCGGCGAGGCUCGCUACACCGCCGCCACCAUACACAUGUAGAGCGUACACAUCCGGUCGCCGCUAACCGGUUCACCUCCGGCCACUUAAAAUCGACACAGAUUGCUUCGAAUACAUCACGUUUUACGAAUUGCAUAACAUAUAUUUACAACGCAAUUUGAUUCGAGAAAGAUACUUUAAUUUGUAAAACAUGGGUUCGUAUCGAUUUUCUUCCUAUGUAUACAUUAUUACUUAAGCCCGAGGUUAUUGAUAAAAUUAAAUUUUCAACUAUUGUGCCUUAUAAAAACGUAUACAUUUGUAUUUGCUAUUUUCUAUGGUGAAAUAACCACUUUCGUCCCUACUAACCUUCACGAGAUAUCGGGUGAAGCGGUAUGUCUUUGAAGUCGGACCAACGUACCAUCUAAAGUACGUAAGGCGAUUCUUUGUACGCUAUAAGAUAAAUGUGUUACUUAAGUUUUGUAGCAAUCUGAGCAUAGUUGAUAUAUUUACAUCACGCAAAUAUAUAUGUAUGUAUGUUAUAAUAACAAAUGCAGCUUGUAAGCCUACGAGUUCCGUAAGACAAAUUGAAACUCCGUCCUCAUGUUAAGUAAUAUAUAUAUAUAUAUUUUAUAUAAAUAUUAAGAUCAUAAACUAAUUUAAGAUUAUAAUUUUUUUUAAUGUAAGAUAGAUUAGAUAUAAAUCUUUUUAAAUAUUACUUUUGACCAAAUCAAGAAAUUUUUCAGGAAUUUUUAUAAAUAUCACAUUUUACGUGUGAAUUAUAAUUUUUUUAUACACAAAUAUAGAAUGUCCGCCUGACUUCUGUCUGAUUACUAUGAUCAAAUAACGAUUCGUUAUCCUCGCGUAUAGUAGAAUUAUUGUUUAAUAGGUAAAUAUUUACAUAUUCUUAUUGAAACACUCGCUCGCAUCUAUCAAUUUCAUACAUUUACCCUAUUUACAUAUAUUUACAUUAACUUUCCGUUACAACUUACCUUCCGACCCGUUUGGAGCAAACGAAUCGUUUCUUGAUGUUACUGAAUCUUAAGGUGUUCAUUACAAUCGUGCCUUUAUUUUGAUAUUUAAUCGAUUUAACGUGAACUAGUAUAAAUAUUAAUGUACUUACAUAUCUAAAACUGUAUGAAAAUCAUGUAAUUAAAUAACAUAAGAAUAAAAUUUAUAUAACGCACAUUGACUUAAUAAAAUGAAACUCGACUUAAUAAAAUAAUCUUAAAGUAUUCAACUUAGCAUUGGACUCAUAGCGUUGACCAUACGUGAAUACUAAUGUUAUUUUAUAAUUAAUCAUUUAAUGGUUCUCGAAUUUACUCAAUAAAUUUGGACUUAAAUCUUACGGAACUCUAUUUUGGAGUUUUUUUUUAACCUAUUUUACUUUCUUUUGUAUGACUUUGUUUAGAAUUAAUAAGUUUUAUUAAACAGUUGAUAUUAGAGUGAUAUUAUGUGUAAAAUAUAUUAUUGUCAAAGUUUUUCUCUGUUUAUUUCAACAAUACAUGGGUGGUUUCUGACUUCAAGCGAGAGUACACCAAAGACCCUUCCAAUAAAUUCUUUUGUUUUGAAUCUCAUCUCAAUAAAAUAUCAUCUGUAAAUCGGAAUGCUUGCUAUUUUGUUCGUUUCAAAGCUUUCAGUCUUAUGAUCUUUGGUCCAAUAUUAAAAAAUAAUAAUUGGAAUGUUAUUUUGUGAAGACUAUUUACUUACCAUGUAGAAAAUACUAUUGUUUAGGGACCAACUUUAAUUUCUUGAAUAAAUGUGCCGUUAAAUUUGA